AUGGGCUUCUUCAACAAAGCAACUUACUUCAUUAAAGUCAGCAACAGAGUACCGGGCAAUGUGGAUGAGGAGGAUGUGUUCUUGGCAUUUGCCUGGAGUCCCUCUCCUCCCAGGGGUCCCCUGCAUCAGACCUUGGACAAGGCUUUCUUUACCUUGCUGGUCCUCAUCUUGACACCGAUGCUGGAAGCUGGAUGCAGGCUGCUGUGGCUGCUUCCAUGGGCAAAAUUUGGGGACUGGCUCUUAGGAACACCUCAGAAGGAGAAGGAGCUGGAAUUGUCACCACCUCUCCUAUAA